AUGCCUGGCGUCGACCCCAAUGGUUUGGGUAGAAGAGCCAAACGGUCUCUCAUCGUUCACUCUCUAAUUCAUGCGCUGGGGCUGUUUAAUCCAAGUCCAGGGCGUGCGCGCAUUCAAGUGAUAACCCCUCGACGAGCGUCCUACAAGGACUUGUCGACAUUUCAUAGCAAAGAGUAUCUCGAUUACAUCCUGGACAAGGAUAAUGACGGGGUGACCAACCCUGAAUUUGGCCUUCAAGAUGACGCAGCAUCAUUCAUAGGCCUUUCCGACUAUGUCCCACUAGUAGCAGGUGCUACCCUGACUGCCUGUGAAACUCUUAAACAGAACUACAGCGACGUAGCAAUCUGCUGGGAUGGCGGUCGACACCAUACACACAAGUCCAAGGCAUCAGGCUUCUGUUACGUCGCCGACUGUGUUUUAGCUAUCCUUUCCCUGAAGAAACUCGUUCCAGGGCCUGAGCCACGCAAGCCGCGCGUCAUGUACCUGGACCUAGAUCUCCACUUCUCAGACGCAGUGUCCGAGGCAUUCCACACCCCCUCCAGACCUGCCGGUUCUUCCUCACAAACCCUGAUACUCAGCAUUCACCACGCCUCCCGUGGAUUCUUUCCGGCGUCAAAGCUGAGCGGACUAUCAUCCAUUUCCGAUGCGGAGUACGACCCGUUCACCCUUUCCAUUCCCUUGAAUGUCGGUGCAUCGGAUGGCACCUACGGCCGCAUUUGGCCAAUCGUUGAACGUGUGGCGCGGACAUUCUCUCCAGAUUACACCAUCGUGCAAUGCGGAGCGGACGCCCUGGCCGGCGAUCCUUACGCCACCUUUAAUUGGUCGUUGGGAUCGGGAGAAGGUUCUUUGGGCUGGUGCAUCAAUCGCAUCCUCACAUCCUGGCCAGGAAAGCAUCUGUUGCUCGGUGGCGGUGGUUACAACUCACCCAAUGUCGCUCGGGCAUGGGCAUAUCUGACCUCGUUGGCGCUGGAGUCUCCGUUAGACCUCGAUUCCCCAAUCCCAGAACAUUCUGGGUUCCCUUUAUAUGGGCCUUCCUUCACAUUGGACAUACCUGCUGGGACCAUGCAGGAUCAGAACACGGAAGAGUACCUUAGCACGAUCGAAACUUCUUUCGAGAGCGUGAUAAAGGAUUUGGCGGAGCGUGUGUCGAACUGA